AUGGACUACACACGUGUGGCGUCCACCCAGCAUGAGCAGAUAGCAUUACUGAUUCAGCUGUGUGUCUACGCAAUUCUACGGGACCAAGGGCGCAGUCUUCAAACUGUGGGGUGCCGUCAUGCUGCAUUGCAAUUUCACGACGGCAGACCUCGUCCAGCAAAGACGCUUCACGAUGCGAUGAAUGCCGUACAGUUCGACGUGUGGUCGACUGCCCCAAAGUAUGUCGCAGCGAAGAAGCUUUUGGAUCAGUGCCACAGCCCAACAGAGGUCCUACAGACAUCUUAUCUCAUGACCUGGUUCGGCUCUGCGAUCUUCGCCCAAGAGCUCUUGAGGAUCCGGGAUGGCGGUGGACCAAUCGGAUCCUACAAGCAAGAGGUGGCCCGUGUUCUCCGAAAUAAAGGUUGCCACUGUGCUGACCUUGUGAGUUCCGGCACCAUUUGGCAUCGGCUUCAACGAGGUCACCUGCGAAAGCUUGGGAAGCUUGCAGCUCGUACACAGUUACUCCACUAUUUCGAGCAGCUCGAACCACAGAUGGUACCUCCGAAACUGAAAGAUGGCCGAGUGUGGCGCACAAAAAAACAGAUAUUGAAGCAGCUCAAACAACUCCCGAACUUUUCCACGGCUGGCUUCCCCACACAGCUCUGCGCUGGCUCUACCUCGACCCCAACCCUUCAGUUUUUUUAUCGCUUACUUGCGGAGACAUUUCACUGCUUUCGAUCUCAUCGAGACCUUCAACCUUGUGCUGGAGACACGACAGCCAUCCGUGCUGCCAAAGCGCUUCUUCGCAACGAAGUGAGUGACCAUGACAGUUGGGCCUGGCUGCUGUGCGAGUAUCAGCGUGUGGUGGCUUGGUUAGCAGCUCUUCACUGA